CUUUAACUCGGACCUCACGGGGGUAUUUUUCUCGCGCGUGCGCUCUAAAAGCAGUCGGCACCGACCCCGUUACUACACCGAUCCAGAGUUGGUGGCUGGUCCUUCUGAGACCUCUGGUAGCGAUGGUACCCGUCUCUUUGCUUUGGACCACUCGGCCUCUGCAGAGAUGGGGUCAGCUGGUCGGGAUAGCUGCUCGGGCACAGCACAGCAAGGUGGCCCAGACACAGGCUGGGGAAGCAGCUGGAGGCUGGACAGGCCAGGAGAGUUUAUCAGACAGUGACCCUGAGAUGUGGGAGCUACUGCAGAGAGAGAAGGACAGACAGUGUCGUGGCCUGGAGCUCAUCGCCUCAGAGAACUUCUGCAGCCGAGCUGCGCUGGAGGCCCUGGGGUCCUGUCUGAACAACAAGUACUCGGAGGGUUACCCUGGCAAGAGAUAUUACGGAGGAGCGGAAGUUGUAGACGAAAUCGAGCUGCUGUGCCAGCGCCGGGCCUUGGAGGCCUUUGACCUGGACCCUGCCCAGUGGGGAGUCAAUGUACAGCCCUACUCGGGCUCCCCGGCCAAUUUGGCUGCCUACACAGCCCUCCUUCAGCCUCAUGACCGAAUCAUGGGGCUAGACCUGCCCGACGGGGGCCACCUCACCCAUGGCUACAUGUCUGAUGUCAAGCGGGUCUCUGCCACAUCCAUUUUCUUUGAGUCCAUGCCGUAUAAGCUCAAUCCCCAGACUGGCCUCAUUGACUACGACCAGCUGGCAUUGACCGCUCGGCUCUUCCGACCACGGCUCAUCAUAGCUGGCACUAGCGCCUAUGCCCGCCUCAUUGACUAUGCCCGCAUGAGAGAGGUGUGCGAUGAGGUCAAGGCACACCUGCUGGCAGAUAUGGCCCACAUCAGUGGCCUGGUGGCCGCCAAGGUGAUCCCCUCGCCUUUCAAGCAUGCCGACAUUGUCACCACCACCACUCACAAGACUCUUCGAGGGGCCAGGUCAGGACUCAUCUUUUACCGGAAGGGAGUGCGGACUGUGGACCCCAAGACUGGCCAAGAGAUCCCUUAUACUUUUGAGGACCAAAUCAACUUCGCUGUGUUCCCAUCCUUACAAGGGGGCCCCCACAACCAUGCCAUUGCUGCAGUAGCAGUGGCCCUCAAGCAGGCCUGUACCCCCAUGUUCCGAGAGUACUCCUUACAAGUGUUGAAGAAUGCUCAGGCCAUGGCCGAUGCUUUGCUGAAGCGAGGCUACUCACUGGUGUCUGGUGGCACCGACACCCACCUAGUGUUGGUGGACCUGCGGCCCAAGGGCUUGGAUGGAGCCCGAGCUGAGCGUGUGUUGGAGCUCAUGUCCAUCACAGCCAACAAGAACACCUGUCCUGGAGACCGGAGUGCCAUUACUCCCGGGGGCCUGAGGCUUGGGGCCCCGGCACUGACUUCUCGGCAAUUCCGAGAGGAUGACUUCCGUAGGGUGGUUGAUUUCAUCGACGAAGGAGUCAACAUUGGCUUGGAGGUGAAGCGCAAGACUGCCAAGCUCCAGGAUUUCAAAUCCUUCCUGCUCAAGGAUCCAGAAACAAGUCAGCGUUUGGCCAAACUCCGGCAACAGGUGGAACAGUUUGCCAGGGCCUUCCCGAUGCCUGGAUUUGAUGAACGCUGAGGGCGCCUGGCGGUCAAGGCCAACAGACUGGAAGUGACCCUUCUUUCUGCCUACCUGGAGCGCAAAUGAGAUGUCUCUGAUCUUUCUGGGUUUUAGUGGAGGGAGGAUGGCCUUCCAUUUAGGGGAAGAGCCAGGCAUAAACUCCCUUCCAGAA